GUUUUGAUCGCAGACAGCGCAUGCGCCCACUGCGAGCUUUUCGACGACAACAUGAAAAUGUAGUACAUAGAGAGCGGUCUAGUCAGAUUAUAUUUACUAGUUUUAUUCAUGUUAGAAUUGUCACAACGUCUACAAUAGCGCGUUUACCGCCUGUCUGUAUGGACGGGCUGAAGCUAGAUAAGCCCUAGCAUGCUAACAGAUCGCGGUGGGGGAUUGAUAGUGCUACAGUAACACUAGAGUACAUAAUAAGCUCUUUUCGAUCGUUAUCUUGGUGAUCUGUGAGUGACCCAAAGAUGGACGGCAUGUCCACCUCAGACGCUGGGUGUCCCCUAGUGUCCGAAGACAUGGCGGGGGAGAUCUGUGUGAUGCCGGACAUCAGCUCUAUCAAGACCGAGCAGCCGGUGGGUUCUGGUCCGGACGAUCCCGCGACGCAGAACGUAGCCAUGGGGAUCAAAUUCAUCCUGCCGAACCGCUUCGACAUGAACGUUUGCUCCAGGUUCGUCAAGUCCCUGAACGAGGAAGACAGCAAGAACAUCCAGGACCAGGUCAACUCGGAUCUGGAGGUCGCGUCGGUUCUGUUCAAAGCCGAGUGCAACAUCCAAACGUCUCCAUCUCCUGGGAUUCAAGUGCGACAUGUUUAUACGCCGUCCACCACCAAACAUUUCUCUCCCAUCAAGCAGUCGACCACUCUGACCAACAAACACCGCGGCAACGAGGUGUCUUCCACGCCACUGCUGGUGCACUCUUUAUCGAUUCAUCAGUUGGCAGCGCAAGGAGAGAUGGUGUUUCUGGCCAGCAGAAUAGAACAAGAGACAGUCAUCAACCUCCAGGAUGAGGAAGGGUUCACGCCACUGAUGUGGGCGGCAGCACAUGGUCAGAUCGCUGUGGUGGAGUUCCUGCUCCAGAAUGGGGCUGAUCCGCACCUGCUUGCCAGGGGACGAGAGAGUGCACUGUCAUUAGCGUGCAGUAAAGGCUACACAGACAUUGUGAGGAUGCUCAUCGACUGCGGCGUUGACGUCAACGAGUACGACUGGAACGGAGGUGCUCCUCUCCUGUACGCCGUUCAUGGGAAUCACGUCCGCUGUGUGGAAAUCUUGUUAGAAAGUGGUGCUGAUCCAACCAUCGAGUCUGAUUCAGGGUUUAAUGCGAUGGACAUGGCAGUUGCGAUGGGCCAUCGGAACGUUCAACAAGUGAUGGAGGCUCAUCUACUCAAGCUACUGAUGGGAAUCAGAGAGUGACCUGCAGGAGACAAGACAAUCAAGUGGUGCUACUGAAGACAGCGUGGUUUCACCUCAGCAUGAAGUUUUUACAACAAGCCAUGUGUGUUUCAGGCUGACUUAUUUAAUGUUUUUGAACUAGUGGUGAUGUGCAUUGUGUUUUAGAGGCUAUUUAAGUUGGUUACUGUUAUUGAUGUUUGAAUAUGGAAUUUGACUUUUAAUUAAAACUGCAUCCUAAACUAAAAUCAAUGGUCAUGGCUUAACCCUUUAGGCACUAGAGUUUCAAAAGGCUGUAGCUUAAACAUGGUUAGAGAUCAAGACCGAAGUUUGGGAGUAAAUUCACUGUAAUUUGUCCAUAUUACGGCAGGACCGUGAACCACAUCUGCCUCUGCUGCCAUUUGCGAAGUGUUUACUCCCAUAGCUUCUAUCAUUAAGUCCUCCAGACACAGUGAAACGAACACUGGCUUCAGUAUAUGCUGUCUGUGGACCGUCAAGGCGAUUGAGACUCACUAUCAAUACACACAGAUGCAGCAGCAUCACUUCUGGCUCUCCGGACGACUGACUUAAUGUUGCAUAGAUUGAAGUUACUGGUAUCUGCCAACUGGUUUCCAAAAGCAGCCACUACAUCAGACGUAUUCACAGGUUGGCUCGUCCCGACAGUGGCGCCUGAAGGGUUAAUAUUCACCUGCGAACCUCCCCCACAGGUUCAUGAGGCGUGGCUGUGUUGAUGCAGUCAUGUAGCAAAAUGUACUCCUGACUUUAAUAAAAGAACAAAUCUCAACAGUAGCAAAGUU